CUCUAAAUUUUUAAUAAAAGCAUUUCUAUUUAGCAGAACCGCGCCAGCUACUGUGGUAUCACUGAAGAAGCUCAACAAAUGGCGGCUACCAACUCAAACUCUGAGAAUGUUCAGAAACCAAGUUUCGAAACGUUUCAAUUAUUCUCUUCCACCGCUUCUGGUUUUGGAAUUUUCGACGAUCCUGCACAACAAGCACCUUCUAUACCUCCUCCUCCUUGCGUUGAAGUUCUCCCCUCUGAGGUUCAUUCUUCCGUCAAACACAGUGUGGAAUCAGUAAAUUUAGAUGGAAUUACUUUGCUCAAGGGCCGAGUGAAUACCCAACAAGUUUUUGGUUUAUCUAACUCUGACUUAGUUCCUGGCAAAUAUGAAGUUACCAAAAAUGUUUGGCUGUGGAUUCUAGGGGGUUUGAAGCUGUGGGAAGGUUCGCUUGAUCUGAUUAAAGCCCUUCGUUGUGAUAUCAAAAGUGGGCUUAUCUCGUUUGGCGGCAAGCGAGUGUUAGAGCUUGGAUGUGGUCAUGGACUGCCUGGAAUCUUUGCAUUGUUUGAGGGGGCAGCUGCUGUACAUUUUCAAGACUUCAAUGCUGAGGUUCUACGUUGCCUCACCAUUCCCAAUUUAAAUUCAAAUCUUUCCAAUAAGUCUCAUCCACUGUCAUCAAACUUGACAAAUUGUGACAAGAUAGACGUUCAUUUUUAUGCUGGUGACUGGAAUGAAGUUGAUAAGCUGCUUCCUUAUGUUGCUACACAUGUAGAAGACAAUCAAAAUGCUGGUUAUGACUUUAUUCUAAUGGCAGAGACAGUUUACUCAAUCAACAGUCUCCAAAAUCUCUAUAAUCUUAUCAAGAAGUGCCUCCGACAUCCUGAUGGGACUUUGUAUUUUGCCGCAAAGAAAUAUUAUUUUGGAGUAGGUGGUGGAACUCGGCGUUUUCUGUCUGUGGUUGAGAAAGAUGGCGUGAUGGCUAGUAGUCUGGUUGCUGAAAUCACAGACGGUUCAUCUAAUGUGCGAGAAGUGUGGAGGCUUAAACCCAAAGAAUAUCAUCCCUCAUUUUCAUGCUGCUCUUGCUUAUACUGUUGUUGGUUUCCUUGGAAUGUUCGUUUUUAUUGGGAUUUGGAGAAAGGAAAAAGCCAACCCAUGUGGCUUCAAGGAAGCAAAAUCCAGUAUAGAUGAUAGCAGCAUUGCCAAAGCACCCUGAUCUGAACUGGUUUGAAGGGGGAGGAAGACACCCUUCAUUUUUACUGUAAGCUUCGCCACGUUCACCACCGUUGCAAGCUGGUUUAUCUCUGCCAAGAGCUCCAUAAGAAAUAUACUUCUUUUCCUCCAGAAAUCGUCGGCUUAUUUCCGAUUCCAUCAACAUCUCAUAUUCUUGGUUGCAUUCAGCUAUAGAACCAUUGCAUGUGUAUGUGUAUGCAUGAUUUGUUUGCGAGAAUACAGUUGUACUUAAAUGCAUAUAGCUAACUAUCAUGAAGCAACAGAAAUUCUGAAACCUAAUGGUAUAUUCUGAAUCCA